AUGUCUGUCGUUUCGAGUAGUCUGGUGUAGAGAAUUAGAGAUUUAACUGCGGAAUAGUGCGGAUUAAUGAAAUAAUGCAGCUGGAGAAAAAACAAAUCUAACGUAUAUACAGUUUCAUCAGUUUCUGACGCGAUAUUGCCCAAUGUGGCCAGCGUUUAGCUUAGCUGAGUAGCUGACAUUGAUUUCUCGUCGAGCCAGCCAGAAGGAAGGAAGGUUCGCGUAUUUAUAACGAUGGAAUUUCACGAUCGUUAAAUUGUGAUUUUUAUUUACGAAAUUUCUUCGCAAAGCUUGCGGAAUGUAAUAUACAUUGCGACCCUUCCGUGAAACGAGGAAUUUCGGAGCAUGAUUGCGAGACAUGGGAAAUCCCGAUAGGUUAGGAAAUUCACUCGUGCGGAUUGACUUGCGUUCGAGUGAACGAGCGCUCCGUUAGACAAGAUCAUUUGAGGCGAGAUAAAAUGAUGCAUUACAGCCCGUGGAUUCAACAUCAGCCAAUACUGGAUCAUCACUGUUGCGUACCGUAUAUUGACACGAUGCCAUCCUACCAAGAUCACAAUCACGAGCGUCAUCAGUUGACCGAGGAGGAGACCGAGCAGGCUGGCGAGGAAGUGCACGACGCGGUGACGCCUGCUACCUCUGGCGAACGUAGUUCCAGCGCGGAUCUGUUCAGAUUGGAAUUCGCGGCUUCUCAGUGGUCCAAGUUGGUCUCCAAUGCCGAAGGUCUGUUCACGAAGCUCAUGACGAGCAACGUCCUGCCGCAUACAGAUCAGGAUCAAAUCGAGCAAUGGCUGUGCAUGAAGCAGGAAUAUGAGGAGUGUAUUGCCAGCGACGAGAGCGCCAGUUUGCAGGGAUACGCGGAGAACAUUAGGAGAUCGUUGGAACGCAUUGAGGAAGUAACCGAGACCGAUGAGAAAACGGAUGAGUCAGCGAAUCAAACGAAACUUAAGCUCAAUUCUAAUUGCACGUCCAGUUCGGAAAGCGAGAUAUCCGAAGUUGAUGAAGAUGAAGAGGAGGAGGAGGAAGAGGAGGACGACGACGAGGAGGAAGACGACGAUCAAAGCGACGUGAGUUCGGAAAAUCCAGAUUUCCUGGAGAAGCUCGACGAGUGCAUGAACAAGUUUAAGAUAGAGACGGAUACAAUUGUCGAUUCCACGAAGGAUGAUUUCAGAGAGGCGAAUGUUGAGAUUGUGUCACCAGUGACGAGAUCCGUAAAUAAUAAUUAUGUACCGGUGUCUCGUCCUGUACCAAUGAGAAAUCCAAAUUCCAGGAGAAAUUCGAUGCUGCCUGGCUCUGAUAUGUGCAACGAAGUGUUAGCUUUUAACGACAGCCUAAAACCUUGCCAAAAUCAAAUCCUUGAAAAUCGUAUCUCAGAAUAUAUCAAUCCUUACGUGUUGGAUAAUCGCGAGUCGGAAAUAAACAUUAAUGAUAAUAUUGUUAAUGACAAUUUCGUUGCGAUACAAAAUGACAAUUCGCCCGAUCUCUUACUUGAAGCCCUCCAGAACACCGAAAUAUCCGAACCUGUUAAAGAGCUCAAAGCUCUGACGCUAAAUAACGAGGCGAAACAAUCGCAAGUGAAGAAGAUUCAAUCAAAUUUGGAUGGAGCACAUAAACGUAUCGAGGAACUGCAGACGACAAUUAAGAUCAAGCAACGUUUUAUCGCGGAUAUGAUAAAGAAUUCCGAUACGCGCUCCAAUGCGAAGCAAAAAUUCCAACGUAAACGUAGUAAACUCGAAGAGGAGUAUUACAAUACGAGAACGCAAUUGGCGCAAGCGGAAAAUGCACAUAUGUACAAGAGUCCCGACGAGAAGACACACAAGAAAGAAAUUGAAUUAAUGAAAAAUAUAGCGAUACAUUACGAGAAACGAAUGAUGGAUAUAGAUAUGAUAAAGCAAAUAGCGGGUGAUUCCGCGAAGAAGGUUCUGGAACUAGAAGCCUCGUUAAAUACAUCGAAGAAACAAAUGGAUAAAUUAAAACGGCAAUUAAAGAGAGAAGAGGAACGUAAGAGACAGUUGGAGGACGAGUUGGCGAAGGAUCAGCAGAAGAUUCGUGAGCUUGAGGAGAAAUAUAAUCUAACCGCGUCCAAGUUGAAGGAAAUGCAGUCGGAGAGCGAGGACGAGAAGCACAAUACGAAAUCGAAGAUAGAUUGUUCGGACAAGAUGAAGAACUUGCUGGACGUCAGCGCGAGGAUAUCUCACCUGGAUCACGUGCUGAAAGAGAAGUCUAUGGAUCUGGAGAGAACCGCGGACAUGGACGAGAAGGAAGCGUUGCGGCACGAGAUUAGGAAUUUGCGACGCACUCGGGACUGCCUGGUGGACGAGAAGUGCGAUUUAGACGAGAAGUUCCAGAAGGAGAGGACCCUGACGACGGUCGAGGAACGUAAACUGCUCGAAUGCGGCGAGACCAUCGAAGCUAUCGACGCGAUGAUCGAGCACAAGAACGAGAUGAUCUGCGGACGGAAGGAUUUCGAUGAGAAUCAGUCCCAGCGCGAGAAGGGCGAGAGGAUGCUGACGGAGCGCUUGAAGAAGCUCUCUCACGGUGAGAUAAUAACGUUAUUCAUGAAAUACUUCCGCAAGGUGAUCGACCUGAAGGAGAGCUCGAAGACUCUGGAAGUUCAGAUAAACGAGCUCGAGGCCCACAUCGCGAAUCAGGAUUGGCGGCUGAUGGAGGCCGAGAAACGGAUGAUCCUGAUGCAGCGGCAGUACGAGGAUAAGCUGCACCACGUGUUCCGGCACUUCGCAGAGGAGACGAGCAGCUCCGGCUACGAGCGGAUGGACAAGGAUUCCGAGCUCACGAGGUUCAAGAAGGAAAAUAGAGCGCUGAAGAAACGGCUGGCGGACGUUGAAGCUCUUCUGAAGGGUAGUACACCGCCACGGGCGACCAGCCCGUGCAGAAUUCUGCAGCAAGGAUUGAAGCAGAUCACACCGAGCACUCGAUCGACGACCAAAGUAACGAGGCAGCGAAAUAAAUUGAUAAUUCAAAAGACGACUGAUUGCGACAAGAGGAAAAAGUGAAUUUUUUAAGUACCUUUAUUUUUUAUUAUAUAUUUAUACAAUUCGAUUCUUUUAUCGUACACUCGUUUCAUAUACCACAUUUUCGUCACAGUAUCUUUCGUCACAGGUAUUCGCGAUGGAUUGUAUAAAAAAUCGAGUUUCUCUCUUUAACACAGUACAGUCUCUCCUAGGUCAUACAUAGAUCAUAAUGUGAUAAUAGUUUCUUUGCGUGAAACAAUUACCUCUUCUGUAUUUUUAUAGGAUAUAUAUUUUGCUACAUUCUUAAGAGAUAUUCAGUAUAUUUCUUUAUCGGACAAUUUAAAAAUAAGUUUGAUGACAAUUAUACUUAUUAAGGGAUGUAUUCUUGGAUAUGAAUUUUAACUGCAUGCAAGUUAUCCAUGUUGUAUUUAUUACAGAACGUAUAGUUCCACAGGAUUGUAGCUCAUAUAAUUUAACGUUUAGGUGUAAUAUCUCCGGGAAUCUCUUGUUCGCGCGCGAUCUGCAUGCUGCUCAUAAUAAUAGCGUGUUAUUAUUUCAACAGUUGAUGUAGCAAAUGUGUCACGUCAAACGACACGUACAUAAGAUACGAUAUGAUCGCUUCGAUCUCUGCGUUUACGUGACAGGAAAGCUUAGAGGCUUGCAAACCUCGUGCGAAUAGUGAUGCGCUUAAUUGUUGCCACAUUAAGCAGUCAGUAUACUCAAAUUAAUUUCACAGGCGAGCGGCUUUUAAAUGACGAUGUAGACGCAGUCAGGAAAUUACACCGUUGGAAUUGAGUUAUUGAAACAGUGUAUCGACUAAGAAUUGCGAGUCUGAUUAGGAUAUAUAUUAGGAUUCCUGUGACACGACGGAUCGCUCAAUUGUUGCAUUUCUCGGACACAUCGAGUAUUAUGAUACGCAUAAUAUCUUGUUAUACCCCGCGAUUAUACGUUACUUCCGACUAUUUAGUAUCGUUCGGCGUAUAUUUGAAAGGAACGUUUCAUCUCCGUAUUGCUAACUCUUGCAUUUAACGAAACUUUUGCUAGACGUAUAAAAAAACACGACGAACUUUUCUCAUUACCUAUAUACAUUUGGAAUGAAUUUUUUUGUAUUUUCCUACGCUACGUUUCAAAAUUAAUGUUGUGAUUUCCUAUCAGAAAAUGUGUUUUCGCAUUUUCGUUUUGAUUGAGCGAGGGUUAAUAUUUUAGUCAGGCGUAGAAUAGUCUCGAUUAUUUAUUAGUAUAAUAUCCGAUUACAUAACUCUGGGUCUAAGCUCGCAUCGAUCCACUUCCGACAUAUAAUUUAUUGUAAUUUUGUAAAUAAAUCGAAUAUUACGUA